AUCUGUCAAAAACUUUUUUGACAGUUCUAAAAGUUUACGUACAAUUCAGAAAAACGCCUUUGCGUCGCCCAACAAGAUAGAAGUCCAAGGUUCAAACAAAUUUCAAUUAUUCAAUAAUAUUUAAAUAAGAAUGUUUCCUUUGAGGCAACUGGCCAGGCAUGCUACCAGGGUUUUGCCAGCAUGCCGGCCUAUGUCAGCAUCAGCCGGCCCUAUGGUGGAUGUGGCUGACGACGGGGGUAUCGCUGUGAUGACGCUACAGCGAGCGCCGGUCAACAGCCUCAACCUGGACCUACUACAAGCCAUGAGCAAAGCACUCGAUGAUGUGGCUAAAAACAAACCCAAUGGCAUGAUUUUGACUUCAGCAUCUCCAACUGUAUUUUCAGCAGGUCUGGACAUUAUGGAGAUGUACAAACCUGAUCUAAAAAGGGCAGAGCAAUUCUGGACAACCCUCCAAGAAGUAUGGAUUAAGCUCUUCGGUUUCAAGUUUGCCACAGCUGCUGCUAUUAAUGGUCAUGCUCCAGCAGGAGGUUGUCUCCUAGCCAUGUCCUGCGAAUACCGUGCCAUGGUCAGCGGCAAGUACACCAUAGGCCUCAACGAGACUGCCCUAGGCAUUGUGGCUCCGCUCUGGUUCAUGGAUACCAUGUGCCACACCAUUAGGACAAGGGAUGCUGAGUUGGCCCUUACAACUGCUAGGCUGUUUACUGUAGAUGAAGCUUUGAAGGUUGGUCUGAUUGACGAAACAGCAUCUGAUAAAGCUGAUGCCAUAGGCAAAUGCAAAAAUUUCAUAAAGAAAUUCGACAGGAUCCCACCACUAGCCCGCACAAUGACUAAGCUCAAUAUCAGGCGAGGGCCGCUGACUCACAUGCAGAAGAUCAGGCAGGCAGACACACAGCAGUUCCUGGCUUUCCUGCAGAACCCUCAGGUGCAACAGGCGCUGGAAAUGUACAUCCAGAGCUUGAAGGCGAAGGCCAAGUAAAUAUUUAGUAAAAUCAAUUUAUUAUAUAGAGUAUCUAUUUAGAUACCUAACAUGUUUCUUAUCUUGAACCCCUUAAAAAGACUCAGGAAUAUAUUCUAAAGUUUACGGUCUAUGCACUUCUGUUAUGUAGUCGAAUUUAGUGUUGUUUUUAAUCAAAAAGUGAGUCUUAUUUUGUUUUGGCUGUCAAUAAGAAGCUACUGUUUUGGAUGCCAUUUGAAAUAUCUUUAUUAGCAAAUGAAAAAAUGGUACCUACUAACUUUUUAAUGGAAAACGCCACAUUUCUCUACUGCCAAAUAUCUUCUGACGUUAUCUUAGAACAGAAUAAAACUAUAUUUUAUUAAAUAACAGUCCCAGUUUAUCUGGUACGAGUA